CGGAAAAAAUUCACCCCAUAAUCUAUUCUUCAAUGAUAAUCACUAACUUUGGGCAUGACAGCUUCAGUGUCCACCAAUGAUGGUCCUUUCUGAGAUGGCAUCUGUGAUUCAGCAGUUCAGAACUUAAUGAAGCUGAUGAUUCUAUGACAAUGUGGAGAAAUCAUGACAGAAAAUGUGGUUUGUACUGGGGCUGUUAAUGCUGUAAAAGAAGUGUGGGAAAAACGAAUAAAGAAACACAAUGAAGAUCUGAAACGAGAGAAGGAAUUUCAACACAAGCUAGUGCGGAUCUGGGAAGAGAGAGUAAGUUUAACUAAGCUCAAAGAAAAGGUCACCAGGGAAGAUGGAAGGGUCAUUUUGAAGAUAGAAAAAGAAGAAUGGAAGAGUCUCCCUUCUUCUUUACUGAAGCUGAAUCAGCUACAGGAAUGGCAAAUUCAUAGAACUGGUUUGUUGAAAAUUCCAGAAUUCAUUGGAAGAUUCCAGAACCUUAUUGUGUUAGAUUUAUCUCGAAACAUAAUUUCAGAAAUACCUCGAGGAAUUGGACUGCUCACUAGACUUCAGGAACUGAUUCUGAGCUACAACAAAAUCAAGACUGUCCCCAAGGAAUUAAGUAAUUGUGCCAGCUUGGAGAAACUAGAACUGGCUGUUAACAGAGAUAUAUGUGAUCUUCCUCAAGAGCUCAGCAGUCUGUUAAAACUUACUCACCUUGAUUUGAGUAUGAACCAAUUUACUACAAUCCCUCCUGCUGUGUUGAACAUGCCUGCUCUUGAGUGGCUGGACAUGGGAAGCAACAGACUUGAACAACUUCCUGAUGCCAUAGAAAGAAUGAAAAGUCUGCAUACAUUAUGGCUACAACGGAAUCAAAUAACAUGCUUGCCAGAAACAAUCAGCAAUAUGAAAAACCUGGGCACCAUUGUUCUCAGCAACAAUAAACUGCAAGAUAUUCCACUAUGCAUGGGAGAAAUGGAAAAUCUGAGGUUUGUCAACUUCAGAGACAACCCACUGAAACUGGAAGUAACACUUCCUCCCAGUGAAAGCGUAGAUGAAGAGGAGGAACGGGAAUUAUUUGGCCUUCAGUUUAUGCACACAUACAUACAGGAAUCACGGAGAAAAGCAGAUGAUGAAGUCAAUUGUUUGAUUACUUCACCAACUUCUAUAAAUACUGAUGAAUAAUGUAAUUCAAAAUGCCCUGCCGAAGAGG